AUGGCUUCGGCCAUGCGCCAGCGACGCACACCAGCCCGAAUGACCCUUUCUCAAGACGUCGAUCGAUCGGCCUUGGAAAGCAAGAAAUCUAAACCCACAGCUGGGCCCUUUGCUGGUAUGAACCAGACGGUUGCACAUGUUCGGCACCGGCGACCAGACCAGCGAAUUCUCUCAAGGGGGAGACGAUCCAUAGACGAAAAGAUCGCAGUCAGUCCCAGAGCCAGACCUGCUAGACCAGUCACUUCCGUCGAAGCCACAGCCGACUCCACAGCUCCCGCCGAUACUGAUGCAGAUGCAACGUCCGAGCGACCUCUGCGGAAGAAGAAUGUCGACGACCGGCCAUUAUUCCAUGCCUUGAAGAUGCAACAAGCCUUAACACCCCUGUCCUACACUCAAAGAGACGCACUCAAGGCAAAGUUGGAGAGAAUCACCACUUUUGAAGAGCUUGGCUUAAUGCCCCAUGUCACCAACAGUGUGUAUACCCAGGUGAUUCCUCACUUGACCGAAUACAGCCCGACCCCCGUGCAGAAACUCGCAAUCCCGGCGCUGCUCAGUAAAAAGGGGGCCUACGAGAAGGAGCAAAAAAGAAAAGUUGACGGGAAACCCCGCUUCGACAAGUUUCUUCUUGCUGCGGAGACCGGUUCAGGCAAGACCCUAGCAUAUCUAUUACCCGUCAUUGAUGCCGUCAAGCGACAGGAAGAGCUUGAUCGCAUCGAAGAGGAUGAACGUGCAGAGCGCGAGGCUGAGGAAAAGAAACAACAAGCACAGAACAACAUUUUUGCUGCUGACCCCUCGGAGACGGAGGGGAGAUUCAAGUCUAAUCCAAACAUGGGUCGCCCACGAGCGCUGAUCCUUCUUCCAUCCUCUGAACUGGUCUCCCAAGUGGGAAAAGUGGUCAAGCUACUCGGCCACACCAUCAAAUAUAGGUCGGCCAAACUAUCUUCCAACGAUUCUCCGACUGUUAUUGGGAACUCUCUCUUCAACCCGAAUGGCAUCGACAUUGUUGUGUCCACACCUCAUUUAAUCAAAUCCAUUGCUCAGAAGGAGCCGAACAUCCUUUCCCGAGUCCAGUAUCUCGUCCUAGACGAAGCAGAUUCUCUCCUUGAUCGAUCGUUCUCCGAGACCAGUAUCGCUAUCAUUGAACGAUCAGCCCCGUCAUUAAAACAGCUUAUCCUCUGCAGUGCAACCAUCCCCAACAGCCUUGAUCGAUUCAUUGACAAGCACUUCCCAGAUACAAAACGUAUUGUAACGCCAAAAUUGCACACUAUUCCUCGUCGAGUCGUAUUAGGGGCCGUUGAUAUCGAUAAAGACCCAUAUCGUGGUUCCCGUGAUCUGGCCUGUGCCGAUAUAAUAUGGCAGCUUGGCAAAGCUGUACAUGAGGACUCAUUUGCCACGCACACAGUCAAGCACAUUUUGGUUUUUGUUAAUCAGCGUGAGAAAGCCGAAGAGGUGGCAAAAUUCCUGGCGACGAAGGGAAUCGAGGCAGUGGCCUUGACACGCGACACUACGGAACAACGGCAGGCCGAGAUCUUAUCCUCCUUCACAGCGCCCGAUCGAGUGGAAGGCGAAGACAAAGAGCGCCCAAAGAGCAAGAAAUUCUCUAGUUUCAUCCCAUUUGACGAUUCACUACAAAUAACCAAAGAUAGGCCCACUAGACACCUUCCCAAUACCAAAGUGUUGGUAACGACAGACUUAGGCUCUCGUGGUGUCGACACAUUGGCAGUCCGACAUGUGGUACUUUACGAUGUGCCGCACACAACAGUUGAUUUUGUGCACCGUCUGGGCCGUAUGGGUCGGCUGAACCGCCGUGGCCGUGGUGUCGUCCUCAUGGGACGUGAUGACCGCAAAGAUAUAAUCAGAGAGGUUCGGGAGGCGAUGCACAAAGGCCAGGCGUUGAUAUAA